AUGAAGUUGACACAACCUUUCAACUGCUGGAUGAUUCUGGCUACUCUCCUCUCAUGUGGUCAAAGCACUUUCGCUGAAUACACCGAAGAUCCAUCAAAACAAGAGGGAUGUACCAUCUUCGACUGGAACCACGAACCAGCUAUGAUGAGCGCUCAAAACCUCUCUCGAAUUGGCGCAGCACAUUAUUGCCCUUUACACUCAAACGAAACUUUCCAAGGCGCGAACUGUACCAUAACCGCCUACGGCGACCAGAUGUUCACGCUCAGCGACAACGUGACUUCUACGUACCGUGCGAGCUGGGCUAACCUCGUGGAGCGAACUCUCUCUGCCGAGAAUGUGACCAUGCCCGCUCCGCAUUUCAACGACACGAUCAUCGCCACUGUCGAGCAGACGCGUAUCCUGCAGCCUGGCCAGGCGGGAUAUAUUGCUUUCAGCGCCGCGACGUUUUGCUAUGAAGGGGCUCUCCGAAAUUGUACAGGGAAGGUCAAGGAGGGUACCAUUGGAAGAUUUUGUGCUCCGAUUUGGAGCCAGCGUCGCGAUCAUACCGUUGUGUCUGGGAACUACUCCGUGGUCACUAUUGAUAAAGACCAAGUCUCGUCCUACCCUGAUCCGUUCAAAAGCCAGUCUCGGUCUGGUGGUGUUUGGAGCUCGGAGAUACGGGGUGAUAUGUUGGCGACUGGGUUGGCCGUGUCUUUGUUUGCAGUUUUGCUUGUCUAG